GUGAGUUGACCAAUCAUGCGAUGUGAAAAGAAACUCCCAUUAACUACGGGCACCACGCAGGGACACUAUCAGCCACCUUUAAAGCUGAAAGACAUGGCAUCGUUCAUGCUCAAACCUGCUCAGCUCCGCUGUGUUUUCAGGACAGGCAGGCUCAUGAGCGAGCAGCGGACAAGGACAACAUUGUGUUUGCACAGAAGUUAUGCCACUGAUGGAGACCACAAGAUUCCCAAAAUAUACACCAAAACUGGAGACAAAGGUUUCUCGAGCACCUUUACAGGAGAAAGGAGGCCAAAGGAAGAUCAUAUAUUUGAAGCUUUGGGAAAUACAGAUGAGCUUUCGUCAGCUAUUGGCUUGGCCAGAGAGUUUUGCCUCGACAAAGGUCACACAUUCACAUAUCAGCUGGACAAGAUACAGUGCAUUUUACAAGACGUGGGCUCCAAUAUUGCCACCCCUCGAUCAUCAGCAAGAGAAAGCCACAUAAAGAGAACACAAUUUACUGCUCCAUCAAUCGCAGAUCUGGAAACCUGGAUAGAUAAAUUUACAGAAGAACUCCCUCCACUAACCAACUUCAUCUUACCUUCUGGGGGGAAGAGCAGUACAGCUUUGCAUUUAGCUCGGGCAGUGUGUCGGAGAGCAGAACGCAGUGUUGCUCCUGUUGUACGGUCAGGGGAGGCAGAUCCAGAUGUUGCCAAGUUUUUGAACAGAUUGAGCGACUACCUGUUCACUGUGGCCAGAUAUGCAGCCAUGAAAGAAGGCAACGAGGAGAAAAUCUACAAAAGACCAGAAUGACCAGAUUGGAGGACUAAGACUAAUUUGUUUUUGAUGACAGAUAUUUAAUUUUUACUGUAAAUAUGUUAAUAAAAUAAAUGAGGUCCA